ACACAAUACCCCCUUCAAAAUAUCCUGAAUGUUUUAUACUUAAACUUAUCAACUUACACAUACUCGACACGCUCAAAGAUAAUUGCAAUAAUGUUGUUUUUUCACAAUCUCUUACUUUUGACUACUACAGCUGUGGCAGUUAACGUUAUCAUCUUCAUUGUCGAUAGUAAUCAUAAUUGCCCAAACGAUGAAACUGUUCUUAUUUGCAGUGACAUUGGCAGGGGAAUUUGCUGUACCAGCACUGAAUUUACUGGCUUUCCUUCACUGCAAGUCGCAGGGAUCAGUACUCAACCACAAGAUGGUAAUCUUGCUAUUGCAUUUUCGGAAUCAGGAGAUAAUAGAUGCGGCGUUACUUGCGAUUCCGCUUUUGCAGAAAACAACGCCUGUUUAACUUGCGGCAACGAUGGUAUUAGUGGCGGAGGAUGGGACAUUAUUCCGGUGAAAGAGCAAUCUAUGGAGUCGCUAUCUUCAUGCACAGGCUCGGUAAAGCCUGACGAACUUAGAUACCAAGGCCGCUCAUAUAGGAUUUACCAUGACGUUCCAGAAAAUAUUACCGCUGAACUCAUCGACCUGGUCAACAAGAAAACAAAUGUUGCUGAUUUUCCAGCGCACUUAGCUCAAUAUGAAAAACUCAACUAUGGCCACUAAUGUUGUCUCAUACAUCUAUUUUUGUUGACUUUAUCCUAAGAGUCUGGGCUCAGACUAUCCUUGGAAUAAAACACUAAGACACAGAAUAAGGUGACUGACUCCAAAUAUACUAAGGAAGAGUCAGUAGGAGGAUCAGAGUUGAACAAGAACACAGAUUGAACAAAGAGGAUUAUUAUUGAAUCACAGUCUUUUCUGAUAAAAUAUAUGCAUAUAUUUAUAUGUUUGUCUGAUUUUCCUUAAAGAAGCAUAGGUAUACUACAAUCAUUUAUAUAAUCUAACCCUUAUACCUUUAACCUGAUCUAUAAUGUAAAUAUCCUG